AAGAAGUCUCGGGACGCAAAAUGUCCAGUCCCAGGCUGUGGGACAUGCACCCGUAAAUUACGGGCGCAUGCCCUGUCAGUACACAUCCCGGGAAUCUUGGGGGCAGCAAAUCCACGUACCCCAAACCUGGCUACCAUUCGGUGGGCGGCAGUGAGAGACCUGGCAAGGAGGGUCUGCGGACCGUCGGGUACUCCGCGUCAGUUGGCUAGUAGACUGGGACCAGUGAUCCCGAGUAUGGUGGGCCCGUCAGAGGUGGACGUGCCCGCAAUAGAACAGAUGGCCCGUUUUCUGGGUGAGCCAUCUCAGCAGUUUACUCUACAUCCAGUGUUGAGCAUGUCUGCGCUCAUACACUGGAGAGCGUUGUUACAUGCGGUGGCGUUGUUGUCCCUGGAGGACCGCCGAUGGUUUUUGGGAUGGUCGGCUCAAGGGUUAGAUAUUCCUCGGAAUAAGUGUAUCCCGGCGGGGGCAGAGAUUUCUCACGACGACGCCCCGGGAAGGUUGGUAAUAACGGGGAGCGGGGAGUCUCCGUCGGUGGAAGGAGAUACUAGGGUGGUCUCAGUUGGGGCAGAGCCCGGUGAGAGCUGGGCGGCUUCUUCUGGGCAAUUAGUCGAGGGGAGGGGUCGACUUCAAGGGGUGGAUGCCCAUUUUCAUCCAAAGUCUUGUGCCCGGGUAAUGAAACUGGGCACAGAUCCCAGUUUGGAGAAAGUGGUGCGGUACAACUAUCCACACCGUAUUCCCUGCCCCGUUAUUGAUGUGAUAGGUGGGGUGUCAGUGUACAUCGAGCCGGGUCACUUUCCACCUACGGUGGAAUGUUACCCGGCCUGGAAAGUGGUGGUAGGGAUUCAUCCCCGGUUUGCAACCACGGUCCAAGACGCGGAUAGGGGAUGGGUGGAGAAGAUGGCCAAUAAGAAAGGGGUGGCUGUCUUCAUUGGUUUAGACUUUUCAGCCGACGUGGGGACGUGGAGGGCCCAGGAGUUGUUGAUGAAAGCACUCCUGGAGGCCAGCAAGCCGUCCACGCCUGUAGUGGCGAGUUUUGUGGGGGGGAAUUGGAGUCGUGGCUCUCUCGCGGCUGGUAUACUUCUCCUCCAGGAGAGGUGCCCCCCAACCCAAAAAAUUCACUUAACCUCUUUCGACGGGGGGUGCCAAGCAGUGAAGGAUGCCUGUAGGCUGUUCCCGGAGGCCUAUUUUGGGGUCUCCGGGAAGGUGUUUGCAAUGGACGGGGAACAACGCCAGGCAAUGGCGCUUAUCACCGUCGAUCGUCUUCUAUUGGAGACAAAUGCCCCUCAUGUCGGACUGAGGGGCCAAGGUCCUAGCGGCCCGAGUUACCUCGGAGAGGUGGCAGCCGAGGUGGCCAGGGUUCGAAACACCUCCCUGGAAGCAGUGCUGCAAAGCACUGUUUCCAACGCCCGGCGUUUGUACGGGCUGGUUAACCAGUAAAGGGGGGCAAGUACAGUAAGGUAUUAUGGGUUAAGUUUGUACGGAACGGGUUGGUACCCGGCAUUAGCUGGGAACACCCCUCCAUAUCAGGCUCCACUACAUAUUUUAGUCAGGCGAUAUGUACUGAAUUUAAAAUAUUCGAUAAUUAUUAUUUCAAUAUGGUGGGGGAUUUUCACUGGUGGUAUAUUUUAAUUAUGGUCUGCUAGACAAGAGAAUUAGGGCUAAAUUCGAAUAACUGUAUUAUAUGUCUAAUUUUAAUGUUUUAUUUCAGGUCUAACAAUAUUAUCCAGUUAAAUGUAUUUCAGGUGAAUGGUUGGUGUUCAGCAUCCACUUGGGGAACAGUUAAUUGGGUAUGGGAGACCUGUGGGUAAGCAAUAAUAGAAGAUGUCCCAGGAAGGGGGGUUGGAUUUUGGGUAAUUGGGAACAGACCUGAUUUUUAAGGGGUCUCUUCUCAGGUAAGUAUGUAAUACUCAGAAGAUAAAACAGGACAUAAAAUUAUAUUUUUCCUGGAUGAUGCAGACCUUUUCCAUCCUUUGGUGAGGGGGAGGGAAGGUAUCUACCAUGAAAAAUCCUGUUUUAUCUGGUGUUCCUUAGGGAGAGGGUCCCAAAUUAUUUUGUGGGGGAAUAAUAGUUAAUUCUCAAUUAACUAUUGCUAAGUUGAGGGAUAAUUAUUUGAAUUAUGACUUUUUUAGUAAGGAUGUAAUUAGGAGGCCAACAUCAUAUAGGGCAAAAUAUGAUGGACCAGUUUUUUGUUAGGUUUGUGUAAUAUAAUGUAAUAUAGUUGCCUUGAGUGACAUUUGCACAAAAGGCUGAGUUGGAAUUUAUUUAACUGUUAAGUUUUAAGUGUUUAACUUUAAAGUGUUUAACUUUACGUGUUAUUCAAGGAGUAGUUCUUGGUGUUUCAUUAUUAAUAUUCAUGGAUGUGACUUUAACUGUGCUUAAUGCAUAACUUUAAUAUUCCUGGAUGUGACUUUAACUGUGCUUAAUGCAUAAUUUGAAUAUUCAUGGAUGUGACUUUAACUAUGCUCAAUGGAUAAUAUUCGUGGAUAUAACUUUAAUGGCUUUUCUGGAUGCCACCGCCAGAUAAGUCAGUAUCUUUUUUUACAAACAUGAUAUGACUGUUUCUUUUGGGGGGUAGUCUUAACCUAUAACAACAGGAAACCCUGGAUGUUUCCAAAGAACCUGUUUAUUCCUGAAUGAUCAUCGAAUCCUGGCCCGGAUGACUCCGAGCCAGUAACCUACUGGUUAAGUGUGUGAUGUUCCCUGGAAAUUCGGGAGGUGAUCUUCUCUUCUAUAAAACGGGGGAGAGUGUGGUGACUCGCGACCAGUCGACGACAGGAUGUCAAAGUUGGAACUGGUCCGCCGCCUGACACCCCUGGAGACAAAUAAUCUACUGGUGCCUUACCAUGUAGGGAAUGGCGGGACAAAGGGACUCACCCAUUGGACGAGGAGCGUCACAUGGGAACAAAACGACAGCAGACGAUUCUGGAAGGCGAAGCCCUCACGCUUGCGACUGAAACCGAUAUAGAGGCCAGAAGCAGACUACAUACAGAUAAUCAGAUAAAUCUUAGUAACCUUUAAUUAUAAUCUAAAUACUCGGUAAAAUCACGACAGCACCUUCCUAGUCCACUGCACUUUCAUACCGGUCACGAGAUACAUUGUUGUAUACAUGAUUAUAAGCGUAAGUGGCAGGCAAAACAAAAAAUAAACCCCCUCAACAAUUAUACCCCCCCCCCCCCCCCAAGAAAACCCCAGUAACAACACAAAUCUGCGCCCAAAUAUAGAAUAGCCUACAAAACAAUAGCCCACACACCAGUACACACGCACAACUCAAAACAUAACCCAGACGAACACGCACAUUUGAAAAAAAAAAGUUUUAUCUAUGCACAUAUACACGCGCGCGCGCGCGCACACACACACACAUACAUAUAUAUAAACUAUCGUUGCUGCUAAAGUGAUAUACAGUGCAAUAACAGUGGCAAAUAUUAAUCACAUUUGUAUUAUUAUUUGUUUAUUUUGUUUUGUUUUGUUUGGGGGGGGGGGGGGGGGGGGCUAUUUCAAAACCUAUUUACGAAACGCCAUGUGAGAAGACAGACUGGCCGGACAAGCAUUGAUGCAUAUGUAUCGUUCUGUGAACAACUAUGUGAGCAAAACGUAGGUCAUCAUGGUGCUUUUCGACUAGAUAGAUAUUAUUUGAUGGUGAUUAGUGCAUCGAAUAAUAUUAUAUACGUGUAAAAUUGUGUCCAUUACACAUGGCCUGACAAUGACACUGAACUAUAUGAUGUGUAUUUAUGUGGAUUGCUCUGUAAUUCUGAUAGUUGGUAUAUAUAUAUAUGGAAUGCUUAUUGGUUGUGCAUAAAUAUUAAUAAUUGCA